AUGACAGAUCUAACAUGGAUUAUUUGCACAUUGCUGGCAUUGAACUUCGUUCGGGCUAGCCACUUUGGAAGGUUUUCCCCUGAACAAACGGGCCAGAAUCUAGGGCGCAUAAUUGUUUAUGCUUUCAUUUCUAUCUGUUUGCACGCGUUGCUUCCAUGGAUACAACUUGACACUCAAGGUUCGACUUACUGGUAUAUUUGCCGCCUGAGUUUUGCUACGCUGAUAAUUUUAAAUGGCGGUCUUUAUUAUAUUCAUCGACUCCCCUUUACGGGUCGAUUCAUCCUUGGACUGAGUUGGACUCCAAAUCAAGGCAUUGGGACUCCCGGGUUCGUGGACCCCCAGAAUAAGGUGGAUACCGAAGCCAAUAUAGCGCUAAGGGCAGCCCGCAGAAACAUACCCAUAGCCCUCGAACUACAGGAAAAAGAACUUUUUGACACUGUUCGACUUGAGGAGGAGUGUAGGAGAGUUAAUCCUUUAUAUAGUCCUCAAGAUGUUCAGCGUUCUGGAUACCACGCUUAUGAUUUCCUUGAGUAUGUCAAAUACCGCAGGCCCCGGCCACGGCUGGGUGCCGAACCUCGAAUUGCUCUCACCGAUCCUUCUGAGAUUAGGGAGGUGCUUUGGUGGGCUGAAGGGAACAGGCUCCAAUGUCACAAUUCCUUUGCCACUGCUCCAGGCUCAAACGGGAGCCUCCCGGCAUUCGAAAAUGAGUCUGUGAUUUUCACAAAUUGCGUGUCGGUCGAGCGUCCCGAACAAGUUGCACCUGCAAUCAACCUAAUUAAGCAGACAUUGAGAAACCUUCCAUACUACACCACGAGGGAGCCCUCGCGCAACCAGUUCAAGUAUGCCGUGGGAAUAGACGUGGAGUUUUUGGAAUUUCCAACAGAGUUCUAUAGACAGAUGGUGAUGAGCGUGAGGGGCCUUGGAGAUCGGUCAUUUCGCCAACCAAAUGGCUAUGAUAUUGGGCCGGAUGGAAAUAUUAUCCUGGAUGGCACGGCGCGAGUGGAAACUGAAGGCUACUACCCCCUGGUGGAGGAUCAGUAUUUGGCUUCAUGUAUGAGUAUUGCUGUUGACAAAGUUCUCGUGGUUAAUUUUCAUAUUUUGCACAUGAUCCGGAACAUCGAGACUGCUGAUCAGUUGCAGCAGUUUGCAGCCAUCUUUGAACAAAUCAUCUUUGAUACAACCAUCAUCAAGGUCUGGUUUAAUCCUCAACAAGAUAUUAUUGUUCUGGAUGCCACUCUCGACGAAAUCUACCGAGGAACCCUUAGAAGACAAUUUAAUGACAUCACGGGACCAGUUCCAAGGACUCCAUUGUUCCGCCCCACUUGGAAACUCAGGCUCCGGGGUGACGGCCAGCGCGCGCUGUUUGGUGCGCCCCGUCCCGCACAAUUCAACUUUGGCCCAGAUCCGAUAUGGGGAACAAGAUGCCCCUAUGGAUUCCAUAACAAUGCCGUCAAUCAAUAUGGGCACCCCUGCCCGUGCCGGUCUAAUAAUCUCGACCUGGCAGUAAUUGUCGAGUUUAUUAUGCGUGACGUUGGUUUAGAGCCCGCCGAUGACGAUGGAAUCCAAUUUGACAGACGGGCCUGGACAGAAACCCGGGAGAGAUGCAGCUACAAUGAUUUCGAGCAAUCCCUACUACACGGUGACCGGUCUUCGGGACUUCUAAGUAUGCUCAAGAGCAGCAUUCCAGUACAACUGGCGCUACCGGCACCGAGGUACUGUGCUAACGAUUGUGUGGAGGAAUGCCUACAAUGGGAGGAACCUGGGCCAGCGUGCUGCCGCGCUUGCACGAACUACCAGCUAUGGCAAGCAGUAUCACGAGAGACGAAAGCUCGAAUGUUUCGGACUUUUGCGAAUCCAAGCUUCCAGACAGACCCUGUCCUGCUGGGAUACGUGGCCGGUGAUGUGCUUGGUAUAUCUAUGGUGCUGCGCUUCUUGAUGUCCACAGAAAAUCCACGACUGCUUCUCGAAAGAUUAAGGCUCUGGAGCAACAAACCAAUGAUGGGCGCACACAAUGUCAAUUUCCUCCGAGAGCCAAGCAGCCCAGAGAUCCCCCUAUACAUCGACUGCAAAUGGCACGCCACAUCCAGAUUAAUCAACUCUGUGCGUCUGUAUGUCGACAAUCCGUCCUUUAGACGAUGUGACAUGGUCUCUUGGAUAGACGACAAAGUGCUGCGAAAUUCUGUUUACCGCAACCGUAGAAAGGUGGAGUUUAUGCAACCGGGGAGAAUGCUCUACUACUUUCUAGAGGAGUUCUGGCGGAGGCAUCCAAAGACCUUUGGUGAAUAUGUUGUCACGAAAAUUGUGGCGACGCCCUUUAGACGUCGACGUAGACCUGCGGAAGAUGACCAAGAUGAUGACAUAGGUAAUGACGGAGAUGACGGGGACGGUGAUGGAGACGGUGAUGGGGACGGUGAUGGGGACGGUGGUGGGGACGGUGGUGGGGAUGGUGGUGGUGGUGAACGGGCAGAAGAGGAAGUUGCAGAACCAGAUCGUUGGCAAGACGAGAUAGACGCUGGUUACGUACAGUCCCAAAGGCAGUUCACCUUGGAUGAGAUUCUCAGAUUCUUUGAUUCUCCAAGCUGGGCGACGAUGUCAUCAGAUAUACUGCAGAUGGUGAUUGGUUAUUUUGAGUUGAAGCUCAUGCACGAAUAUCAAAAUGAUAUUAGAAGGGUCCAAACCAUGCGCGAGCAACUGGACGAAUGUCUGCUAGGGCUUGUUGGGCUCACGCCUGCAGAUCUGGGGAUCAUUGCAGCCGCCAGGGAUGUACUGAUAAGCACUGUUGUUGCGGGCGGCCACAACUGGUUCACCAUAACCCGAGAUCUUCUCACCGACACCGCGCAGGAUCAUGCCGUCACAGGCGGCGGCCUCUUCCUCAAACCCGCUGAAGAAAACGAAUACCGCGACAACUGGGCCAACAGGCCUGCAGAGAUCAAAGCACUACUGCAAAGCCUUGUAACCCUGCAGGCACUCAAUGCCUCCCGUGAGCGGGAUUUUGUCCAGCGACUACGCCCUAUGGCAGCGCAGGAUAGCAGGGACACUCUCGUAGCUGCAACUCUCCUGGGAAUCGUACCCUUCACCAUGCCUGCCCUCCGCACCCUUCUCUCCCGCACGACCAGGGCCACAGCCAGCUCCGAGCUCGCCACCACUGACCCCAUCAUCCUCCACUGGGCACUCAUGGUCCUCCGCUAUAACCGCCCCCACACGCGUGAUCGGUCCAGAACGCUCGCAGAGCGCUUCUUCGACAUCACAUACAGCCCGACCAACUUCUACAUGCCGCUGCUGCGGAGAGUCAUCAAGAGAGCAACACCAAUCACCCGCUACGAGCGCUCACAGCCAGGACGACACUACUUGGUCCUCAGGGCUGACAACCGCGCGCUGCAGCGCUUGCGGGACGAGCGGGCGGGGAGGAUACAACCGCAGCGGCCGCCGAGGGGCGACGUCGUGACGAUGCGUGGGGCGGGGGUGCCACAGGUCAUCGAGGUACUGCAAGAGGAGAGAGGGUGGGGUGUAGAUGGUGGUGAUGCGGAAUUUGAUGGUGAUGGUGAUGAUGGGGACGCAGACGACUGGUGCAACGGUACGGGCGUGGAGCAGCUCUGGGACGCUACUGAUGAUUUACCUAUAUGGGACGCGAACGCGGACGAGGACGAGGAGGUCCCUGAGCCAGAGGAGGAGCCUGCUGAGGAGCUCCCCGCAGAGGACGCGGAUGGAUUCAGAGGCGACUGGAAUACGGAUUUGCCUCCACCAGCGGUAAGGAUUUCGUCCCUCUUUUUCGAGAUUAAUGACGAGGCUGCGCCGGUGGUUCAACAGGCGCAGGGGUUGUCAGACUCGGAGUCGGAUUUGGAGUCGGACUUUGACGGGGAGGAGGAUAUGUCGGUGGAGAAAGCGCAGUUCCUGAGGAUGUUGCAGGAGACGUUGAAUAUUUGGUGUAAUUGA